UCCAAGCGCGCACCCGUGGGAGUUGGCACAGCGUGCCCGAGCGCGCGGCGAGUCGCUCAAGUCUCGUUUGGACUUUUGGACGACGACAUGAAGACAAACGAAUAACGAGCAGCGGCAGCGGGAUCGGCGGCAGCGGCGAGCAUCCUCAUUGGCUGGAGGAGGACCAGUGGGCGAGGCUUCUCAAGAGCACUAACCCGGGCUCUUCUUGACCAGCAGAAUCAACAUGAGGCUCAGGUGCUUCCUGAUGCUCCUGACCAGCACCACUGUUCUUGGGGGCGACGACACGGAGCUUUGCGCCGGGCGAGACUGUUCCGCCUGUCGAUGCUUUCCGGCGAAGGGAGCGAGGGGCUCUCCGGGGUCUCUUGGGCGGCAGGGUUCUCAGGGACCCCCAGGCUUCCCAGGCCCUCAGGGUCCUCCAGGAGAGAAAGGCAAGCGAGGGACUGAAGGCCCAGCAGGACGUCAGGGGCCAAAGGGAGACGCGGGAGCUGUGGGCGUUCCCGGAUUUCCUGGUUUAGAGGGAGUCCCGGGUCACCCGGGCCCAGCCGGCGGUCCCGGUUUUCCAGGUGUGGACGGGUGUAACGGGACGAGAGGAAGGCCGGGAAAGCCCGGACAGCCUGGAGAACAAGGGCCUCGUGGUGACGUGGGUUUUCAAGGAGCAAAGGGAUUUCCAGGGGAGCCAGCGCUCUUCUUCCUCCAGUACCCCGGAGUGCCCGGUGUCGCCGGCCUCGGGGGACUUCCUGGUCUGCCGGGUGGACCGGGUCCCAGAGGUUCGAGAGGAUUAGCGGGUCCGGUUGGUCCUGAUGGAUUCAAUGGUAUCCCUGGCCUGCCAGGUUCCAGAGGUCCCCCUGGCGAACGAGGUAGAUCGGUGCCGGGACCGCAAGGAGAUGAGGGGGAGCAAGGCUUACAGGGGCCUCCGGGGCCAUUUGAGUAUGUGGACCCCCCAGAGGAUUUCUACAUCAAAGGAGAGCAGGGUCCGGCGGGGCCUAAAGGGCGUUGUGGAGCUCAAGGCCUGCCAGGUCUGGAUGCCCUUCCUGGUGUCAAGGGAGAAAAAGGGAUUGUGGGACUUCCUGGACCCAGGGGACUCCCAGGACGCUUGGGUCUACCCGGUUACAAAGGAGCCAAGGGCGCUGUAGGAAGUUCUGGUCUUCCAGGUCUGAUCGGACAAGAAGGACCAAAGGGCAUGGUGGGAGAUCCUGGUUUCAAAGGCCUCCCGCAGGAAAUUGUCAUCACACUUCCGGGUGACGCUGGAGAUCCAGGGACUCCAGGACCGACGGGACCUCCAGGAGAUCGUGGAUUCAUGGGAGCACACGGGCCCCGAGGAUCCCCUGGUCGAUCCAUACCGGGACUGGCAGGUGUGCCGGGAGCAAGGGGGACUCCAGGAAGCAGAGGUGACAAAGGAGAUCCGGGUCAAGUUUUCACAGAUCAAGAAGCAUUUCCUGGGCAAACUGGAAUACCGGGAAGAGCAGGACCCAAAGGAGCAAAAGGACAACCAGGGAGGCCAGGCUAUUACUGCCUUCCUGGAGUGCCAGGAGAACCUGGAGAACUCGGUGAACAAGGGCCCUCUGGGGCACCGGGUGAUCAUGGAUUCAAAGGUCGACAAGGUGAAUGCUCCUGCGGUCCUCCAAUUGUGGUGAGGGGACCCCCAGGACCAGGGGGGAAGCCCGGUUUGGUGGGGUAUCCAGGGUCCCCAGGAGCCCAAGGACCAAGAGGGGAGAACGGCUGCGCGGGAGACACAGGUGUUUCUGGCCAGCCGGGCCUGGGUGGCUUACCUGGUAUCAAAGGGUUCAAAGGUCAAAAGGGAGACUUCAUUGUGGUGGAAAUCAAAGGCAAGUUGACCAGCUUUGACUGCCAGUUUGAGAUAGAUUGCUCAAACGUGUUUCCAGGCAAAAAGGGCGAAAGAGGGGAGUUGGGUCUUGCGGGUAGACAAGGUUUCCCUGGAAGAGGAGGACAGGAUGGACUCCCAGGACUCCCUGGAAUCCCUGGACCUCAGGGAGAAAGUUACUCCGCUUCUCCGGGGGACCAAGGCCUUCCAGGUCUUCCUGGCCCCAAAGGACUAACCGGACAAACUGGCCCCCAGGGAUCAGGCAUAGUUGGAGCAAUUGGAAAGCGGGGGGACCCAGGAGCCCCAGGAUUUCCAGGUUUCUCUGGCUUCCCUGGCGUGAAAGGUGUUCAAGGCGAAACACUUCCUUGUAUACCCAGAAACCCUGGACCCCGAGGACAGAAAGGGGAGGCAGGAGAAACAGGCCCGAGAGGGCUUCCUGGUCCUCGUGGUUUCAACGGAUUCACAGGACCUGAUGGACCUAAAGGAGAAACAGGACAGUCUGGACCUGCUGGACCACCUGGACUAGCAGGACCAAGAGGUUUUAUUGGAGAUACCGGAGUUGAAGGACUUGAAGGAUUCAGUUUUACUGGAGAGCCAGGCUCGCCAGGUGCACCAGGCACUCCUGGACUUAGAGGGCAAGCUGGAGAUUCUUAUGUGGGGACCUCAGGACCCAUUGGCUUUCCAGGGCUUGCUGGCUCUCCUGGACCUAAAGGAGUCCCAGGUCAACCUGGUACCCAAGGUUUCCAAGGGGUCCCAGGUCUACCUGGGGUUCCAGGACCAAAGGGCCAGAGAGGACAGGAUGGUGCACCGGGCAGCAUUGGCCCCCCUGGCCCUAUCGCUGAUCUGUGCAAAAGAGGAAAACCUGGUCCCGCAGGUCCUUUUGGUCCACAAGGAGCCAGUGGUCCCCAGGGAUGUUUUGGGGAGAAAGGUGACGUGGGUGAACCAGGAUCUCCAGGCUAUGGACCCCCUGGCCCUGUGGGCAAACCAGGGUCUCCUGGCUUUCCUGGCUAUCCGGGGCUUCCGGGCACCCCUGGUUCAAGUGGAGACUCUGGAUUUGCAGGUUGGGAUGGACGGAAAGGUCUGAUGGGACCCCUUGGUAAGAACGGUGUCCCAGGAGUGCGAGGAUUGAUUGGGUUCCCAGGAUACCCAGGGAGGCCAGGAGAGAGAGGACCUCGUGGACAAGAUGGCAAGCCAGGAUGUCAAGGUCCCACAGGAGAGAAGGGAUGUAAAGGCUACCCAGGACCGCCUGGGAAGACGCUGGGUGUCCCAAUCAAAGGUGCGAGGGGCAAACCUGGUCCUCCUGGCGUCAACGGUUUCCCCGGUGCACGAGGAAAUAAGGGUGCACAAGGUCUUGUGGGCAAGCCUGGGUACCCAGGCAUCAACAUGCCCUUGGGUAUCAGCGGGCCCCCAGGUCCCCCAGGGAUUACGGGCAAACCGGGGAUUUCCGGAAGACCUGGUCAUCCUGGACCAUCCGGUUUCCUUGGCUUACCUGGAGAAACAGGAGACACAGGUGACCCAGGAUCCGCUGGAAGGCCCGGUGAACACGGUCGACAAGGACGUCUCGGAUCCAAAGGCGAUCAAGGAGAGUCUCGGAGUCGACCUGGUUUACCUGGAGACAAGGGGCCUUCUGGAGACGCUGGGCCUCAAGGUGCUUCUGGACCUCAAGGUGAACCUGGAGCACUUGGUUUCAUUGGCGAGCCAGGCCAGAGAGGCUCCAAAGGGGAUCUGGGACAGCCUGGGGAGCAAGGACCACCAGGUGUGAUUGGGCCCCCAGGCCCCAGAGGUCGGCCAGGGGUUCCGGGUCUUCCUGGCAAUACGGGUGCUGACGGUCCCGCUGGACCGCAGGGCAUCUUUGGACUCCAAGGUCCUCCUGGACCGCUGGGACGUCAUGGCCUCGACGGACUAAAGGGGGUGAAAGGAGACAUUGGCACCAGAGGUCUCGGUAUUCCAGGUUCUCAAGGUUCUCAAGGUCUUCCGGGAGAUAAAGGCCCUUCCGGUCCUCCAGGUCUCCCAGGUUCAUCGCAGCCUGGACCUCCAGGACCUAAAGGCCCUUCAGGAGCUCGAGGGCCACAAGGACAAAUUGGGCCAUUGGGUGAAUCUGGACCUGCCUGUAAAAAUCCUCCCUCUGGUAUUUCGGGAGAUCCUGGAGACCCUGGACCAGAUGGAGAGUCAGGUUUCCCCGGCGACAUGGGGGAUUCGGGUCCUAACCCUCCAGUUCCUGGUGAUGAUGGGGACAGCGGAGACAACGGAUGCCCUGGCCUAAAGGGAGACAAAGGACUUCCAGGGCCCAAAGGACAAGCAGGCACAAGUGGAAAUCAAGGGUUAAAAGGUGAGCGAGGUUCUCCAGGUCUGAUGGGGAUACCUGGAAAUCCGGGCUCAAGAGGUUUGCCGGGACCAACCGGACCUCUCGGGUCUCAGGGCUGUACGGGUCAGGCGGGUCCAAAGGGAGAGAUGGGCAGAGUUUUUCCCUGCUCCACUUACCCCUCACCCCCACAGGGCCCUUCGGGACCCCCUGGGCUACCUGGUCUACUGGGAAAUAUAGGUUUUCAGGGAGACGAUGGAUUUGAGGGACUCAAAGGUAAGAAAGGGGAUGCCGGGUGCAUUGGGCCCCGAGGCCCUCUAGGGCCACCGGGGCCUGUUGGGGAGCCAGGUCGACGAGGCCUGGAGGGUGAGAGAGGUGCGGUGGGAGCCAAAGGGGAUCCUGGUUUGACCGGAGACCGUGGACCUCCCGGACCGUCCAGACCCGUGAACGCAGGCUUCCUAAUGGUCAUCCACAGCCAGUCCAAAAUGCCUCCAUCUUGUCCUCAGGGGAUGCAAACCCUGUGGUUGGGAUACAGUCUCUUGUACCUGGAAGGCCAGGAGAAAGCGCACACUCAGGACCUCGGUCAGGCGGGCUCGUGCAUGCGCGUCUUCUCCACCAUGCCCUUCGCCUCCUGUAACAUGGGAACGUGCUCGUACGCCGGCCGCAACGACAAAUCCUAUUGGCUGUCGGCCACGGCCGCCGUGCCCGCCUUGCCCGUGGGCGGAGCCUCCAUCCGAGAGCACAUCAGCCGCUGCGCCGUUUGUGAGGCGCCCUCUGCCCCCGUGGCCCUACACAGCCAGUCGCCGGUGGGGCCGUCGUGCCCCUCGGACUGGGCAAGCCUGUGGACCGGCUUCUCCUUCCUCAUGCACACGGGCGCCGGCGACGAGGGCGGCGGUCAGUCGCUGACGUCGUCGGGAAGUUGCCUGCGGGACUUCCGGCCGCAGCCCUUCGUGGAGUGCCAGGGCCCCAGGGGGACGUGCCACUACUUUGCCAACAUUUACAGUUUCUGGCUAACGGCGACCGAUGCUGCCGACAGCCGCCAGCACGCCGCCAAGGUGGGACGCUGCAACGUCUGCAUCAAGGUGGCCCAGCCCUGAACGCCAAGCGCCCGCUUUUGCUCACCACAACUUCAAAUUAAAACAAAAUAUAUCUUUUGGA